GUUCUUGGCAAGAUUAUAAACAUGAAGCUGACGCUGUUCAUGAACUGCAAGAGUAAGCUUUCAGAAGCUCCUUUACAAAGGCAUGAAGAAACUGACUCUCCGUCAGAUAUAGAAGAUGUCAUUGUUGUGUUAAACAGCUUCAAGAGCAAGAUAUUAGAAAUGGAAGUACAAAGAAAGCCACACAAAAUUAACAAAGAUGUCCUUACUGAUAAGGAUGAAGAAAAAGGAAUGUGGGAUUACAUUAAAAGUUUUACAGGAAAGUUGCAUGAAGAUGAUGAGCCAAAGGAAAAAGAUAUUCUAAACAUUUUUUCAGUUGCUUCUGGCCAUUUAUAUGAACGCUUUCUAAGAAUUAUGAUGCUUUCUGUUUUACGUAACACCAAAACACAAGUGAAAUUCUGGUUUUUAAAAAAUUACCUCUCACCAUCAUUUAAAGAGAUAAUUCCUCACAUGGCUAAGCAAUAUGGAUUCCAGUAUGAACUGGUUCAGUAUAAAUGGCCCCACUGGCUUCAUCAACAGACUGAAAAACAGCGGAUUAUUUGGGGUUACAAAAUUCUUUUCCUUGAUGUCCUUUUUCCACUAGCUGUGAACAAAAUCAUCUUUGUUGAUGCUGACCAGGUUGUGAGGCAUGACCUAAAAGAACUUCGCGACUUUGACCUGGGUGGUGCUCCCUAUGGGUACACUCCCUUUUGUGAUAGCCGCGCCAACAUGGAAGGGUAUCGUUUCUGGAAAACAGGAUACUGGGCAUCACAUCUUUUAGGAAGGAAGUACCAUAUCAGUGCCUUAUACGUGGUGGAUUUCAAAAUAUUCAGGAGAAUUGAAGCAGGUGACAAGCUCAGGGGCCGAUACCAAGCUCUCAGUCAAGAUCCAAACAGUCUUUCAAAUCUAGAUCAAGACCUUCCCAAUGACAUGAUCUACCAGGUUGCCAUUAAGUCCCUUCCACAGGACUGGCUGUGGUGUGAAGCCUGGUGUGAUGACGAGUCCAAGCAGAGAGCCAAAACAAUUGAUCUGUGCAAUAAUCCUAAAACCAAAGAACCCAAAUUAGAAGCUGCUGCCAGGAUUAUUCCAGAAUGGGUGGAAUAUGAUGCAGAGAUACAGCAAUUAUUAGAUCAUCUUGAGAAUAAGAAGAAAAGUACAAUUUCGGCACAUGAUGAGCUCUAGCCCUGGUUUGGGUGAAAAGGAAGAUAAAACUGGGACAGCACAUCUGCCACCUGCUGGGGAGUGCGGAACUGCUGCCGAGACUAAGUUUCACUGACUAAUGUUCUUCAGUGUAAACGAUCUUAAUUAUUUAAAAUAUUUAAUGGAUGGAACAAAUAUAAAUUAUAUAAGAAAUGACUUGAGUAUUUAAAACUUCAUUUUGUUCUGACUGCUCUGAACACUGAAUUGUCACCAGUUACACUCGGAGGCUGUGCCAGAGAACUCAGUAGACGAUAGCCCUCUCUGGUCCUCACAGGUGCUUACCAAACCAACACCUGCCUGUUGUGUCCUAGACUUAUGUAUAUCCAGAUUUCCUCAUUCAUGAAAUGUAUUCACAAUUAAGAGAAACCUAUUUUUUUUUCUUCUAAGAAAAAAGAUUUGUGGUUAUCUCUGAAUACUAAGAUCAAGGCCAGUUAUGCCAGUUAUACCAUACUCUUUUAAAAUGGAAGUAAUGUUGUAGUGUAAUCACUUAUUUAUCAUAAACCAUAUGAAAUUUUAAUCCUGUACUGUAUAUUAUUUUUAGUAUUUCUAAUUUUAUUUCAUAAAUUAUA